AUGUCUACUCCUCCGCCUCGCACGAGCAAGAAGCGCACGCGCCCGAUAGUUCUCUCCCCUACUCCUUCACCCGAGACCUCCCCUCAGCCCGACAAGGUCUCGAAGAAGGCAAAACUGGAGCAUACUGUCCAACCAGCUGAGAAGGCUGUUAUCAAAAGGUUCAACCCGGGGAAGGCAAAGAUUCCAAGGCACGGGCGCACCGACGAGACGGCCUCCGCCGCGCCCACUGAACAGGCACAAACGAUCUCGACUACGUCUCAUCCCCCGGCGUCAGCCCUCCCAGCCGCGAAGAAUGACUCGCGCAAGGGUAGUAGGUCUGGCACGAGCAGCCAGCGUCCUCCCUCGCCUGUACGCGAGAAUCGUCCUGUUACACCUACGAACGCGAGGCCGACUACUCCAUCGCGCACGCCUCGCAAGCGUACCACCUCCGCCUACAAUGUCACUACGCCGGGCAAGCCUGACGACGAGAACCUGCCGCCACCGCCGACAGUAUCCAAGUCGGCGCCAACCACACCUGCGCGCGGUCAGCCUCGCAAGUCGCUUGCGUCGGCUCCGGUCGCGGACCAGACUCCCUCGAGCGUCAAGCCAGCUCAGUCUACGAGCGCUGCGAAAGUAACCAAGGGACGCAGCUCGGCCCAAACUACGGCUAGUAUCGCCGCGCCAUCUACUUCAGCGAGCGCUAUAGACAGCGCGGCCAGCGCGGCCACCGGCCCGAAGGCCAUCGCGCCCGUCACAAAGAAGAUGCGGACGAAAGCAUCGUCCAAGCAGUCCUCGAUGUUCAUCACGUCCAAGUCCGCACGGCAGACCAAGCCUGCCGAACGCCCUGCACCCGCCCGCGAGGAAGUUGAGUCCGGCAAGUCGCGCCAGGCGGCCGCGAAGCAGCGGGUACUCGAUUAUCACCACCAUUUCGGGGAGGUCGAAAAGCUGCAGAAGGGUCGCGCGAGGGAUUUGGCGAAGAACGUGUCUGGAUCUUCGUCCGGAAGCGGUCGCCGCUGA